UCCACAGACGCACAAGCACGAACUCCAUCCACCCUCUAUUAACAACCGUCGUUCUCCCUCCGUUCACAGUUGCAAGAGCACGAACUCCCUCCGCCCGCCGUUCACAGCCGUCGCUGUCCCUCCUUUCACAGUCUUCGUUCUCCUCUCCGCCCUCCGUUCACAUCCGCUCUUUUUCUCACAAAACAAAGGAAACCCUAACGAAGAAACCUUCAGAUGUGACAUAUACUUUGAACCAUGGCAUUAUUGGGUCAGUGGAAGCAUCAAACUCUAACUCUCUCAUCGACGUAGCCAUGGAGAAGGAGAAGAAAUCUAGCAAUUUAACUAACACAGAACCUUCCUCCUUCAAGCUUCUUGCGUCAUGCCCUUCUGGUCUCUCUCCAUCACAGGUCUAUGUUGAAUUCGGUGACGCCUACGAUCGAAUCCCUCACUCUGACCUAACCUUGGAAAACUCCAUCUCUGAGAUUUGGGAGCAGAGAAGUGUACAAAACAAAUCUCUCUUCAAUGGAAAUAAAUUCAGAUAUGGAGGGCAUGUUCUGCACACUGGAGGUGAAUCUGACAAUGAGCCACAUGUAUGCCUUCACCUAGGUUUGACGGAUUAUAGGUUGCUUCUCAGUGCUCAUCUUGGAGUUGUUUCAUUUUUAUUUAUCAUGGUUAGUGAUAUUGAUAUGAUAGGAUUACAAUGAUUCUCGAAUCUUGAAUGAUAAACUAUAGUCUUAAUGUUUGUGUGGAUGCCUUUGCGAUGUUAAUCUAUAUCUAUUUCAAUGUUUGUGUUCAUGAGUUCUAAUGCGUGUUCAUUGUUGACAAUGAUAGAUUAAUAAUAACUGAAGUGAUACGUUUGUUGGAAACAUUUUGUUAUCUCUAGUGUUUUCUUGAAACCAGUAGAGUAUAUUUUGAAUGUUGUCUUGAAGAAUAUCACGAAUUCCUCUCACGUUAAAAAUGACGCGGUUGCCACCGAAACGACACGCGACAGUGCCGGUUUUAUUUUCGUGAAGGAUUUUCGGCCGCAGAGUGAAGAUGGCGAUGACCCUGUUCGUGAAGCGAAGAGUCUUAAUGCUAUAAGGACCGCGCUCGAGAAUCUUGAAGACCACAAAAAUGGCUGCAACUGACUCCUGUGAACUGCAACACAAUGGAGGGCACUGUAUCGCCAGGGGCCCUGCCGCAACAAUGUUAUUGUGCUGCAAUUGACCAUUCAGACACAGCAGCGUGUUGAAAGAGAUGCUGCAAUUGCUCGUUUGGAACAGAGUAGAAUUGUUCUUGCAAUGAGACUGUCGGAACACCGUGGUAAAAAAUAUAAAGUCAUUGAAGAAGCUCUUGCU